GACUAAAUAAUGCGUACUAGAUAGAGGCAGAUUACCAUGGCGCUCAGCGGCGUGGGUAUAGUGUUUGGAAACAUUCAGGAAGAGGCCCCGCAGAGCUUGACUGAGACCGCGACGGCUUUAGGUGCUAGCAUAUGUCACGCAGAGCUUGCGUCUCAAGCACAGUUCCUUGUAGCCAGCAACGUGCUCAAGACAGCGGAUGGCCGGGACCCCUACCUGACGGCGCUGAACCUGAACCCGGCGCUCGUGCCAGUCUCCACGACCUGGCUGACAGAAUGCGUCAAGCAAGGCGGCCUGGUGCCGCACGCCCCUUAUGUGUUGGCCCCGCUGAGUGGCAUUCGCGUCAGCAUCACAAACUUCGGCGCGAAGGAGCGCGAUGGCGUGGCCAAGCAGCUCCGGAGCGGUGGAGCGGACUACACGGCGGAGCUGUACAAGACCAUGACCCACUUGGUCAGCAACAAAGUGGGCGGCAACAAGUACACGCACGCCAAGGAUUGGGGGCUAGCCGUGGUGCACAUGGACUGGGUGCUGGCGUGCCUCAAGGCGGGCCGCCGCCUGGAUGAGCGGCCAUACAGCCUGGACACAUACGACCCAAGUCGGGGACCAGUGACCGUGGCCGCAGACAUCACCAGCUGCGGCGCGGACGCAGGGCGGCCGGGCAGUAGGGCCAACUCAACAAAUCGCUGCGCUGCAUCCGUGGACGCGGCGACGGGUGCCGUGAGCGCCGGCCAGCUGGGCGCCUGCAUCAAGGGGGUCGUGGGGCCAGGAGGCGGCAACGUCGGCUUGGCGCGUGGCGGUAGCGCGGCGCUAGGGGUAGGCGGCCCAGGGCGGCCGCCGCCGGGACCCAGCUACUAUGGUGGCGAGGCGACAUGGGACCAGCCGCAGUACCUGGCGGCGCAGCCGCAGCCGCAGCAGGUGCAACCUCGAGCCCUGGCGUUGCCGGCGGAACCGCCGGACGACUGCUACUUCCUGCACUGGGUGCGGAUGUACGUGGUGGGCGCCUCGCCCAUCGAGCAGCCGCAGGUGCUGACAGCCAUACGGGAGAGCGGCGCCACGCGGGAGCCCUUGCUGCUGGGCUCAGGCGGCGGCGGUGCCGGGGGCGCACCGCCGGGGCACGGUGUGGUGACCCACAUCGUGUUCGGCAGCCUGCUGAGCGUCAACGAGAUGUCGGAGGUGCGCCAGUACCUCGGCGAGUUCCGGGAACAGGUGCGGCUGUGCAAGCUGGACUGGCUCUUCGAGUGCGUCAAUCGGCGCACAUAUGUGGAGCCCGAGGGCCGCAACGCCGUCACAGAAAAGCAGCUGCAGACGUGGAUCUCAGGCGGGUCGGCGCCAACGGCGGUUACAGCGGCAGGGCCGGGCGGAGCAGGGCGAGGCGCCCGCAGCCGCGAGCCGUCGCCUGCGGCAGGGCCUGGCAUGGCGGGUGCGGCCUCGGGUGUGCCGGCCCUCGACGACUACGUGCCGCUCGAUGGCGAUGGCAACACGCGCACCAUGGACAGCUUUGCUGUGCGGGCGGGCGGUGGCGGCGGCCAGGCGGGCGUAUUCAGCGGUUUGUGGUUCACGUUGGCGGCGGUGGCGGGGACGGAGGAGGAGGCACCUGCGACUAAGCUGAUUAGGCAAGGCGGCGGCAUGGUCAUUUCAGCGUCCACAGACAAGACCGUUCGCGACCCACAGAAGCGCUUCGCCGUCUGCCCGUUUAGCCUGCCCCAGUCGUUGGUGGACCGACUGAGCGCACGAGGGCGAGACCGCGGCCACACCGAGUUCGAGCGUGUGACGCCGGAGCAGCGCGUGACGUUGGCCUGGUUGAAGGCCUGCCUGGGCCGGGGCGAGCUGCUGCCCGUCAACCGCCUCACGCCGCUCUUCCGGCCGCUGCCACACGUGCUGCCGCUACCUGGCUUCCAGGGCCUCACCGUGGCGGUCAGCCAGUUCCAUGUGGAGCAGCGCGACGUGCUCAAGACGCUCAUCGAGCGACUGGGUGGCACCUUCACGGACAAGCUGAACAGGCGCUGUCACUACCUGGUCAUCCAGGCAGCCAAGGGCGACAAGUUCGUAGCAGCCGUCAAGUGGGGCAUUCCCUGCGUCAACGCCACCUGGGUGCUGGAGAGCGCCUACCAGGGUCGGGCUUUGGCCGAGGUCAUGGCGUUCCUGCCGUCAGACAUCACGCCGCAGGAAAUGGAGCAGAAGAAGAGGGAGGCGGCCGCGCGCUCCGUUGGCGGCGGUGGCGGCACCUCCUCGCAACUGGGCCUCGCGUCACAGCAUAUGGGCGGCCUCGGGCCGACCCAGCGCCCCGAGGGCGGGCAGGGCAACACUGGUCCGGCUGUGCCUGGCGCCCCCAAGUCCAUGCUCGCAUCCAUCCUGGCGGACCUCGGCGAGACCACGCCGCCGCCGCAGCUGCCGCAACGCAGCACAGCAGGUGCCGCAGGUGCGGGCGCCACCAGUCAUGAAGCCGGGCAGCUGAAGCCGCUGCCCGUGCACAAGAUGGACAAGGCACCCCUUCCCCCGGUCGCAGUGCCUGUCUCAGCAGCAGCGGCAGUAGCAGAAGCAGGUGGUGCGGCUGCCGGGCAACCUGGGCAGCUGCACCAGCCACAGGAGCAGGGGCAGCCGGCGGAGGCAGAGGAUGACUCGCCGCCGGACCACGCUGGCGCAGCUGCCUCGCUGAUGAACUUCCUGCACAGCAACGCCGUCGCGGCGCCUGAGAUGGCCUGCUCGCAGCUGGAGAUGCCCAUGCUGCUGCCGGUGUUGGGCCUCCCAAGCGGGAUGGGCGGGGGCGGCCCGACCGGCAGCGAGGGCUCCAUGGGCGGUGGGGCGGCGUCUUCAGAGCCGUCGCGGCAGCUGGGUACGAUGAAGCCGCCAGACGAUUCCAUUACUGGAGCCGUGACGGGUGUGGGGCGGCGCUCGCGCAAGCGAAAUAUGACUGCGGCGGAAACUACAGGCGUGCCCAGCACCAAGGCCGUCGCGCUGCCUGGGCGCCGAGGGCGUAACGACGAGGAGGAAGAAGAAGGCUUCGGUGUCGCGAUGUCGCAGCAGGUGGGUUACGAGGCGGCCAGCCUCACCUCCGCGCCCCCGCGCGCCACCCGCAGCUCCGCGCGCCUGGGCCGUGGUGGGCAGGGCGCGGACGCCAAGGAGAACUUAAUCAAGGCCGUGCAGGGUAACCUGAAGUGACGACACCAGCAAUGACCAAAGGGACAUGCUUUGCACUAGCACUGAUGCCGCAGCGGACCUGUGGGGUACUGGUAUUCAUUGGGUGGCUGCGAAAGCAAACCGUUUGGGGCUGGGCGGUGGUAGCCAGACGCAUAGGAGCAACGGUGAGCUUGUUGAUAAGUAGGUGCGCGUCCAAAAGUGCAUGCAUUACACGACAAGGCAGGCGUCGUACGUGCGAGGCUUCUUGACGAUAGACAGACGAAGCAGGAUUGUGCGGCACUGCAGGGUGUGGUGCUCCUAUGGCCAGUGAUGCUGCAGUAUGAAUGGUUCUGUACUGCAGUCAGGUGUGGAUGAGCAGCCAGCCAUGUGGUAAGUGCGGCAGGAGUAGCAGGAGCGGCGAGCCUGCAUUGUCAAAUGGGCAGCUUGUUCUGCAGUUUGCGGCUGUGAGGAGGUAGGAGGAGGGUUGACUGUAAGCAGGGCUGCUGUAAGCGAGUAAGUGA